AUGGUUCUAAUAACGACAUCGGUAGUCAUAACGUUGGGUCAUAUGUUUAAACCAAUAUCAAGAGUGCCCUUCCCUACAGCCUUGGAAGCAAGGGUUUCAGAUCAGCAUUAUCGUCGUUUAGGAAGUCGUAUAAUUGCAUCAGCAGAAAAGAUGUUUCAGUGUCGAGUUUUGGGUACUCCUUCCAAAAUUGCUCCCAUUCGUGUUCAUCAUAUUCUUCUUCUUCUUCUUUCUCUCAGUAUCAUUGCUGCUGUGGUUAUCAUAAAUUCAGGUUCCUAUUCACGGUUCUUCGUCUAUGCGAACUCCAGUGUUCGUUUCACUGCUUGUGCUAUGAGUAUCUUGGCGGAGAAAGCUGUAUGA